CUCAGUUCAGAGCAGAAACGCUCAGCAGAGAUCACUGUGGGGAGAACAGAGCAGGAGAGCGACACAGAAAGAGUGUAAAGUUUGUCCUGUGGAGGGAGAGACUGACUGCAUCACAUCAGGAUGUUUGUUCUCAUCUGGGCGAUUCUGCUAUUCACUGUGACAGGCAGCAGUACAGAAAUGGAUGCAUCAGUGGGGUUGACAACACGCUGUGACUAUGGAUUCUGUAUGACUCUUAGUGAAGCAGUUAUAACAGCAGAGGCUGGACUCUGUGUUGUGAUACCAUGUUCUUUCAGUACAACUUCAGGCUUUACACCCCAACACUUAGUUUGGUACAAAUGUGAACCAUUGAAAUCAAGAUGUGGCGAUUCUGACAUUGUAUUCCACACCAACAAGAAGAACAACAUUCAGUCCAGGUUUAUGGGACGGAUUUCACUGUUGGAGCCUGAAGUGAGUCAGAAGAACUGCAGCAUCAUCAUCAACGACCUCACUGUGUCAGACUCUGGAUCAUAUCGACUCAGAGUUAAAGGUGUUCUGUAUGGGAACACAGAUGGAUAUACAUUCUUUUCAAAAGCAGCUGUCUCUGUUAAAGGUCUGAUCCAGAAGCCCACAGUGGUGAUUCCUCCUCUGGCAGAGGGACAGCAGACCACACUGAGCUGCACUGCUCCUGGUCUCUGUUCUGGAUCUGAUCCCAAAAUCACCUGGACGUGGAGAGGAGCAGGAGAGAAGGACUCUCACAUCACAGGAAACCUCACUGCUUUCAAGACUGAACACCUGACUGCUGUCACACAGAGACUCAGCUCAACUCUGACCUUUAACUCUUCAGCUGAACACCACGGCACCAACGUUACCUGUAAGGUCAGCUUCACAAACAACAUCACUGCAGAGGAGACAUUGACUCUGAAUGUGACCUAUGUGAAGGAACUUAAAAUGAAUGGGAUUAAGAGUGUGAAGGAGGGUGACACUCUGAAUUUGACCUGCAGUGUUGAAAGCUUUCCUCCAUCUCUCAUCGUGUGGACUAAAUCUUCUGACAAAAACAUGCAAAAUGGAACAGAAACAAAUCUGCAGAACGGCACUGAGACCUUCCUGAAGGAAGAAAGUGGAUUGGCCUUUUUGUCCAUUUCUAACGUGACAAAAGAAGAUUCUGGACUGUACAUCUGCACAGCAAAAUAUCUGAACAACACACUGAUGGGAAAAGUUGUAGAUGUAAAGGUCGUGUAUAUGAGGAACAUUGUAAUCACAGGGAAUACAGCUGUUGAGGUGGGAGACGCUCUGAAUUUAACCUGCAGUGUUGAAAGCUUUCCUCCAUCUCAUAUCACAUGGACCAACACACACCUGUACAACGGACCCGCUACUGACCUGCAGAGCGACACUGGAUCAGCCACACUUGUCAUCCCGAAUGUGAAGACAGAAUAUUCUGCACGGUACAUCUGUACAGCACAACACCUGAACACGACUGUGACGACAUACGCUGAAGUAACAGUGAUUUUGUUUUCAAAGAUCUUAAAAAACUCUGGCUGUGUGGUUCAGUCGGAGGUCCUGAAUUGUGUGUGUAUCACUGAAGGCUUUCCUUUACCCACCAUCACAUGGCCGCUGUUGAAGAAACACACAGAGUACUCUGUCAUUACAUCUGUGUCAAACCACACAGUCAACAGCACCGUCAUCCUACCUGCAAAAGACCUCAGCAACACUUCCGUUGAGUGUGUCAGCAGCAAUGGACAUGGGGAAGCAAAACAAACCUUCACCAUCCUAAGAUCCAACACGUCGGAACAAGCGGGUAAAUUCAAUGAAAUAUUAAACAUUGUUUCACGGCUGGAAGUCAUCAUUGCCUUUUUGAUUGGGAUACUUCUUUCAGCAGUCCUUUGCUGUGUGGCCACACAAUGCCUCAGAAAAAAUAAGAAGAACUCUGUAAAACUGGAUGAGACUCUGGAGAUGGUGACCAGCGAAGAGGAUCCACUGGUGUUGUGUAUGGAUGCUGCUCAAGCAGUGGAAGAGGAUCAGACCUACCAAGAGGCAGCUGAAGGAGGAGGAGCUGUGGCAGCAGAGAGAGCAGCCACUGAUCUCGAUGGUGGACCCAAAGAUGUGGAGUACGCUAGCAUCAAUUUCUCCAUGUUGACAAGAAAGAGUCAGAGGGAGGCAGCAAAGAAGCAAGAGACCACAGAGACGGAGUACGCUGAAAUUAAGAAAGAGGUAAAAGAGGAAAGAGAUGACAAUGGAGGAGAGGAAGGUUGUGUGUUGGAGGGCAAAGAGGAGGAGGAGGCGCAACCUUGUGUUCCUAAAGAGGAGGAAGAGGAGGAUGUGGCAGUGUACUCCAAUGUGAAGGACAUAAUGGGUGAGAUUUGAGCACUGUUGCAUAGUGGAGUUGCGCUACGAUGAAUUCUUUGCUCUCAUCAGUUGUGAUGGAUUGAUGUACUGGAUUGACACACCUGUGAAUGAAUGGCGUCCUGUGAGCAGCUGUUUUCUUCAAACGUCACAUUCAGCAAGCGGUAAACUGAAGUGACUGAGACGCAUCACACCUCGACAUGUGGGAGGCUGUGCAAAGCCAUUCAUUCAGCUCAGGGUGGAAUGGAAGAGAAUUUCUUACUCAAAUGUUUUUGUGCUUUAAUGUGUUUACCGUUCAUAAACUUUCCAGAUAAGUUUGACCCACAUCAAUGAAAAGUUGACACCGGUAUUUUGGGACAACCACCUCUGCUCUGAGUGUUCUUUUGUUUGAUACAUUUUAUUUAACCAGGAUAAGCAUGGGUCUUAAGUGUCCCUCUGGUCAGCCCAAAGCUCUUUAGAGGCCCACAUUUCUCUGCCUCAGGUACAAAUGAACCUUCACGUUCACCGUGUAGCAAAGAGGUUUCUCUUUUUCAGCGUGCUCUUGGGAUGGCAAUGCUUUGUUAGACUGCUUUGGACCAGACUGGAAUAUCUCAACUAUGAUGGAUGUUCGUAUACAGACUUAAACCUCAAUGUUUUGAAUUUCUCCAUUCUGUUUUAUAUAUAUAUUAUUAUUAUGAAGAAUUACUGAAUUACAAAUUACAGCUCGGUAUGCCUUUUCUUUUUUUAGCUUUUCAUUUGAUCAGUGUUUUCAAACUUAUAACACAUUUAGCCCGAUUUGUCUCUAAAGGCCUGUUAGUGUUCUUUAGUAAGAAGUCAUACAUUGCUUCCCUUUUUUUAAUGUGUUACAGGAAUCAUCUUGACUCAAGUACUAAAAGUAAACAGUAUCUGGCACAUGUGUUUGUCUGAAUAAUGAAAUCUUUGAGUGGUCCGUUACCACGAAGCCUUUCUAACUACAGAACCUGUGAACACUGCAGAAUGUACCAGAAGUGAGUGUUCAGUAUGUGUAACUGAUGAGGCCAAAGGUGAAGUCAGUUUAUUAUCUAGCACCUUGAAGUCUCAACAGGAAGUCAUUGGAGAGAAUCAAGUGAUGCUUUAUUAGGCAAUGUUUAAGUGAAGAACCACUUCAGGGACUUUUCUGAGAACAUAAAUGUGUUACAAUAAACCAUAGUGUUAAAAAUAGAAGUUCUUUCUAAGAGGCUUCAUGCAGCUGAAACAGGAACUAAGAUUUAAAUACUUUUUAGUUGCAGGUUUUUAAUGCACUUAAUCUUUGAUGGAAGUUGUACAUAAUUAAACUAAUGAUUAAACUAAUGACUUUUACAAUGGGCCAUCAUUAUUUAACUGCCGAUAUUAACAAGUAAUACAGACCAUUCACAUGCAUGCACAUCACUCUGCGCGUAAUGUAUCAUGCCUACAAUGUAGAAGGAUAGUUUGUACAUAGAAUGUUUGGUUUCUUACAGUGACACAAUUUUCUCAAGCAGCCAUAUGGUACUUCCCCUUUCUCAGUUGUUCACCCCUUCACAGUCUUGUACCUGAUCUAAUAAAUAAAUAAAUAAAAUAAGA